UGUUGAGUGAAAAUUAAAAUCAAGAUAGCGAAAUUAGUGAUCAGUAUAAGGGCGCGGUUACACGGGAGUCUGAACUACUUCAGGUGAACAUGUUCAGCUGUUGAGUGCGGUUACACACAGUCUGAACAUGUUUCGUUCGAGGCCAUUUCUCAUUUAACUUAAACAGGUUGGCAAAGUAGUUCAGAUCGACAUAUCUUCUACAUUAGCCUCUGAUUGGCUGGUUAGAAUAUAAACAGUCUUUUGCAGAAAUUCUAGAUGGAAAGUGUUUCUGGCACAAGUUCGAGUAAUAUUUUACCGAAUGCAACAAAAAAAACCAACAGAUAAUUAUACAUAUUUUUUAAUUUAUCCUGACCUUAAUUUUCUUAAAACUGAGAUAGGUACUCUCGCUCAAAAAAUAAUAAAAAAUAAGUUUAAAAAUUUUACUGUGCAUGUUUGAAUUCCCGAUUUGUAAAAAAAUAUUGAGCAAUAUGUAAACACAUUUCAUUUCUGCUGAUAAUGCUGUAUAAACAAGUGAGAAAAUCCCGCGUUUUCUGGAUGCAAUUAAAAAAUAGAGAUCAACAACACAGUCAUUCGUUGACAGUAGACAAUCGGUUUUAGAGCUAAACACACUUUUCAGCAACUACCGUGUAACCGCACACUUUCGCGUUUGUAAACGUGUUUACUUAAACAUGUUCACCUGAAGUAGUUCAGGGUCCCGUGUAACCGCGCCCUUAAUGUCUGACUUCCCGUUUGAUGCUCGUCAGACUUACAUUCUUAUUUGUGAGAGUGAGACUGUUUGGAACCAUGGCUGUCUCGACACGAGUGCAAACAGUGGGUGUUGAAAUGCAAGCGAAGUGACUUGGAUUUUGUGUUCAGAAAGAAUGGACCUGGUCAUUUUAAAUCCAGACACAUUUGCUCUGACCAUUUCAAGAAACAGGAUUUGCUCAACCCUAACCUGCCAUCACAAGGGGUCGUGUUAUCGAUCUGCGAAGUGAUACGCUGUCGAAGCCGACGGAAUCGAUGCGCAAAGCCAUGUACAAGGCUGAAGUUGGCGAUGAUGUGUUAGGCGAGGAUCCUACUGUGAAUGCCUUGGAACAGAAGUCUGCAGCAAUGCUGGGGAAGGAAAGUGGACUCUUUGUCCCCAGUUCAACCAUGGCCAAUCUGAUCGCCAUGAUGGCCCACUGUCCUGAGAGAGGCAGUGAGAUUAUUGCUGGUGAUAAGAGUCAUGUCUAUCGUUACGAGCAAGGCGGAGCAUCUCAGGUGGGAGGUAUAAUGAUGUGCAUCAUACCAAACAAACCGGACGGAACGUUCGACCUCCAGCAGAUGGAGAGAAUGGUCAGGCCUGACGACAUCCACCAGCCGGUCACUUCGCUGGUGUGCAUCGAGAACACGCACAACAUAUGUGGCGGGAAAGUGCUGCCGUUGGAGUGGCUGGAGGAGCUGCACGAGCGCACGAGCCGGCUGGGCCUGCCCGUGCACGUGGACGGCGCACGGAUAUUCAACGCGGCGGUCGCCCUGGGCGUGCCGCCAGCCAGGCUCGUCGAGCGCAGCGCGUCCAUGUCGUUCUGCAUCAGCAAGGGCCUGGGAGCACCGGUGGGCGCCGUGCUGGUGGGGAGCACGCCGUUCAUCGCGAGGUCUCGCCGCUUGAGGAAGGUGCUGGGAGGCGGCAUGCGGCAAGCAGGCGUGAUUGCCGCCGCGGGGUUGGUGGCACUGGACGAGAUGGUGGGCCGCCUGGCUGACGACCACCGCAGAGCCACGGCCAUUGGGAGAGCAAUCAAUGAUUUCAAAAGCAAGAACUACUCCGUGGAUGUAGCCAAUCUCCACACUAACAUCAUUUUUGUUAAAAUCAAUCCGAAGGUUGUGGAAAGCCAGGUGCUCGCUGAUCGUUUAGCCACGGUUAUAGAGGCAGAAGUGAAAGAAUUGGGUGAGGAUGCAGUGGAGGUAAAAACCUAUGCCCUCAGCAAUGACAGCAUCCGUCUGGUGACAUACUACGAGAUAUCUGAUGAAGAUGUGAAUGCUGCUGUCAAGAAGUUACACUAUGUCUUCAAGGAAUGCGACAAGAGAGAGUGACAGUAGUAUACUAACACACACAGUGGUUUCAACUUCAACACUAUUGCAAGCAUGUGCCGCCCUUGAAAUAUUGUAUAACUUUGUUAUGUUUUGAAUUUAAUAAAAAUUGUUAAAAAAGA